UUUCACCUAUUUUAAGAAAAGGAAAAGAAAAGACCAAUUCUCCUGCCUAACCUAGAAAAGAAACCCCCCAACUUGGUCAAUUAGGGUUCAAUCCAAUUUCAAUUUCGAAACCCUCCGAUUCCCAAUCUUCCAAUAACCACAGCAUUCGCAUCCAAAUUCUAAAACUUUCCUCGACUGGGCUGUCGAAUUCGGUUGUCGAACUCUCAGACAACCGAUCAUGGCGAAAUUCUCCGAAGAAGUCCCAUCCAUUCUUCUUCGCUUUCUCGUCAUCUUCUCUCUGUGCAUCAUCUUCCCCGUCGUUGCAACGGCCGAACAAGAAGAAUCCUCCGUCCUCCGGUUGCCGUCGCAAGGGCCGAGCCUGUGCACCCGAACGACGCCGUCGUCUUGCCCCGCCAAGUGCUUUCGGACCGAUCCGGUGUGCGGCGUGGACGGCGUGACGUACUGGUGCGGUUGCGCCGAAGCCGCGUGCGCCGGCGCCGAAGUUGCGAAAUUGGGUUUCUGUGAAGUUGGGAAUGGGGGAUCUGCACCUCUCCCUGGUCAGGCACUCCUUUUGGUACACAUUGUGUGGCUCAUCGUGUUAGGGUUCUCGCUGUUGUUUGGUCUUUUUUAACAAUCAUUGUAUAUCUACGAGGAUGCAGUUUGUUACGUGAUGGUGGUAGUGAGAUUUGUGGCAACUGGGUGCAUUCAUUGAUCUCUGUUACACGGCAAUUUGAACAUGUUAUUUUUGUUUCUUUUGAAUUUCUUUGCCCUUUCUUUUGUUAAUUGACCAUACAGGCCAUUCUUAUAUUUGUAUGUAUAAUGUUUUCAUAUAUUGAUAUUCUUUGCAUUAUUGUUUGGAAGUUUUCAAAUUUAUGUCAAUUAAAUGUAAUACU